AUGGCCAACGAAAUUGAAACAACGCAGGCAGAUAUCAAUGCUAAAAAGCAGCAAAUCGUAACGAUCAAUAAAGGCUCGUUAGAUUAUGUGAUACGUUCAGGGAUAGCGGGCGGCAUUUCGGGUUCAUGUGCUAAAACUCUCAUCGCUCCGUUAGAUAGAAUCAAGAUAUUAUUUCAGACGUCAAACCCGCAUUAUACAAAAUAUGCAGGUUCUCUAGUCGGCUUGGUGGAAGCGGCAAAGCACAUUUGGAUAAAUGAUGGUAUACGAGGAUUUUAUCAAGGCCAUUCAGUAACGCUAAUUAGAAUAUUUCCUUAUGCGGCGGUCAAGUUUGUUGCCUAUGAACAAAUAAGGAGUUUUCUUAUACCGUCUAGAGAUUACGAGUUACAUUGGAGGAGAUUAAUGAGUGGCUCGCUUGCCGGAUUAUGUAGUGUGUUUCUCACUUACCCUUUAGAUCUGAUAAGGGUUAGAUUAGCGUAUGUCACGGAUCACAAUCGGGUGAAAUUAACUAAAAUAAUAAGGACUAUAUGGUCAGAACCGGCAUCAGUGACGCUCUCCUCCAAACCGUAUGUACCUCAAUGGUUUGGACACUGGUGUAAUUUCUAUCGAGGUUACAUACCGACAGUCUUUGGAAUGAUUCCCUACGCGGGAGUCUCCUUCUUCGCCCACGAUUUACUACAUGAUUUAUUAAGACUACCCUCCUUGGCUCCACACGCGGUACUUAAACUAUCAGACGAGGAAGAAGAGCUACGUAAUCAUAAGAAGCAAAGGAUUCCUCUGAAGACAUGGGCAGAACUUUUCUCCGGUGGUUUGGCUGGUAUGGCGUCUCAAACAGCAGCAUAUCCUUUUGAAAUUAUAAGAAGAAGAUUACAGGUCAGUACUUUGGCUCCGAGAAAUAUGUAUGAGCAUAAAUUUCAAUCGAUUGGUGAUAUUACCAGAAUCAUAUACCAGGAGCGUGGUUGGAGAGGGUUUUUCGUCGGUCUGAGCAUCGGAUAUAUAAAGGUAGUACCUAUGGUUGCUUGCAGCUUCUUCGUUUACGAAAGAAUGAAAUGGCAUUUGGGUAUUUGA